AGCUUACCCUACUCCCAGCUACAACAAGGAUAACAAAUACGCUGAUAUCACCAUCACCAACCAAUCUGACGAACGCAACCUCGAUGGCAGCAGCCAAUGGAGCUAUGCCCAGUCUGACUACACUACCCGUGAAGAGUCUCAAGUUCAGAAGAAAAUGCAAGGAGUCACCUAUGACUCUUACGGCAAAGAAUCGUACGGUGAAGUCCUAGGCAACACCAACAAGGGAUCCUCUUACUGGGUUUCCCCUGAAGGCCAGAAAUUCACUUUGACCUGGGCCGCUGAUGAAGCUGGAUUCCAGCCCAAAGGUGAUCACUUGCCCGUCGCACCCGUCCACGAAUACGAACUCCCAGUUGCUCCUGUCCACGAUUACGAACUUCCAGUUGCCCCUGCUCUCCCUUAUACGCGCACUGGACUCGGUUAUUAAACAUAAGCAUUUCGUAAGUGAUACCUGAUUGAUGGGAACUGUGCAGUCCUAACUUAUUGAUAAUCAAAUAAACGGAACGGAAAAUGAA